CGCAUUGUGUUGCUCGAGGAACCAAUAACGCAUAUAUACACAUGUCGUAUAUGAAUUUGUUUGGCAGCGAGAAGGACCACCCGCAGCAGCUCGUCCAGCACAACAGCACAGGUUGCAGCUUGCCGUUAGGAGCAAGAUUGGUAGCAUGAGUAGCGCACGCUUCUUCACAUCCGUCUUGGUCUCGUGGUGCCUUUGCACUCACGGCCAUUCGACACUGAACGUCGUGGGGGAAGAGGUGUCCCAGUCCUUUUCGGCGAUUCCAGCCGUUUGGAAUGCCUACUUGCCGAACUUUGGCCGGCCAAAGCUGUCGAACAAAGCUCUGCUAGAUAGGGAAUCUUACAACAUCCAGCCCUCCUUCAAUGGAAGGAUGGUGAUGGAGCCCGGGGCCUACAACGGAACUAGGAGCUUGGGCUGCAGCGAGCUCCCCGCCACUCCUCAGGUGGAGGGCCUUGCCCUCUUCGUGGAGCGCGGCUUGUGCAGCUUCCGGGAAAAGGCGACCAAUGCCUUCAACGCCGGCUUCAAAGCUCUAGUCGUGGCCAAUUCAGUGCCAGGGCUGUCCAAGGUGCCAGAUAUGUCUUCUCCCGGCGGGAAGGAAGAGGACCAGAGGGUGGAGCUUCCCGCCUGGUCCAUUGACUGGACUUCGGGACAGGCUCUGAGAAAUUGGCUGCUAACGGCUCCCAAGCUCACGAUCCAGGUCAUAGAUUCGCCGCGCAGGCCAUACCUUGGUGCCUUUCAAGAUGAUGGCUUUGGAGUCCGAUUGGUUCAGGUAAAGUGAGCGGCUUGCAGCGAAUAGCUGCGGAGCGCAGCAGCC